AUGGAGCGUCCCCAGGAGAUGGUUCAGCGAGGAGACGGAGCAGACAGGUCAGGCCGAGCUGGGCCUCCGUCAGCUCUGGGGGCUGGGAGUGCAGGGGGAGGGGGGCAGGAGAUGGGGCGCAGCCUGAGCCUCCCCGGUCCACACCUGCAGGUGACACACCAGCUCGCUGCUCACUGCCAGGGUCUGGACUCCAGGUGGCAGCCGUGCCCCGGGCAGAGCCUCAGGCCCACGUGUGGCAGAGCCGGUACGGGAGGCCCCGUGGCUGCUGCCACCCUGCAGGGCCGGGGCAGUGGCUCCCUGUGA